AUGUCACAGCGCGACCCGAUCACCUGUCAUAUCCUCGACACAACAGUUGGUCUCCCAGCUCGCAACGUCAUUGUACAAAUUCAUCGAGUCAAUGAAAUAGAAACAUCCUCCACCACGGACCACAGCACCACUACCACUAUCACCUCUGACUACGAAAUCGAUCCGCCUUUUGCACGUGCCAAGACCAAUGAGGAUGGUCGUGUGCUCAAUUGGGUUUUUGAUCCAAAAGUCCAACAACUGGAUGAAGCAUUCGCAAAAACUGGUGUGCGUGAUGGUAAAUGGGUGAAAUUGGUUCCUGGGUUAUACAAGAUCAAGUUUUUGACGGGAAAGUAUUUCAGGGAUUUAGCUAUUACCAAUGCCGGUAACAAUGGUCUGGCUGGGGCUUCUGGAAGAACAUUUUUCCCAGUUGUUGAAGUGGUUUUUGAAGUUGAUGAUUUACUGCAUUAUCAUAUCCCAUUGUUAUUGAGUAACUAUUCAUAUACGACAUACAGAGGUAGUUGA